UUUUUUUUUUUGCGGUACGCGGGCCUCUCACUGUUGUGGCCUCUCCCGUUGCGGAACACAGCCUCUGGACACGCAGGCUCAGCGGCCAUGGCUCACGGGCCCAGCCGCUCCGCGGCAUGUGGGGUCUUCCCGGACCGGGGCACGAACCCGUGUCCCCUGCAUCGGCAGGCGGACUCUCAACCACUGCGCCACCAGGGAAGCCCGGGGGGUGGGUUUUUUAAAAUGUGUACAAUAACACUUUGGAAUCAGUGGUAUUUCUGCUUUACAUUUGCAGAAAUGAUAGUUGGGGGAGAUUAAGAAGCUGGGAUUCUAAUUUGGUUCUGCUUGCUUCCAAAGCCCUGUUGUGUUCAGAACUCUAAGCUGCCUCCGAGCUGUAAUCGCCACUUUUCUGCUUUAGAUACUAAUUAUAUGCUGAUGAUUCCAAAAUCUGUGUGUCCAUUCUAGAUUUUCCUCCUGGGUUCCUGACCCACUGAUUCAUUGGCUUCUCAGAAGUUUUCUCCUGGAUGCCACACAGAUUCUGAGACCAAAAAUAAGAUGAAAGACUGGAAGACAAAGAUGGAAAUUUCUGAAGAAAAAGAUUCAGCAAGGGCUGUAUCAGAAAGACUCCAAAGACAGAUCUCCCAGGAAUGGGGGUUAGUUGAAACUGGUGAUCCUGAGGACAGGUUAUUGAGGUAUUGGGUAAGCCCCUUAGAGGAUGCAGUGGGAUAUCCCCCUUCCCAAGAGAGAGGUAUCAGGGAAGUGAAUCUGAUCCCCAAGAAAGCCAUUGCAGGAGAGAGAGUCCAUGGAUGUAAGGAAAGAGAAAAAAUACUUUCUGCAGGAGAAAGACCCCACAGAUAUGAAGUCUGUGGCCAGAGCUUCAAACAGAAGUCAGAAGUAACUGAACAUCAGAAAACUGGUAAUAUAAAGAAAACCUAUGAAUGUAAGGAAUGUGGAAAAACUUUCAAUCGGAGCUCAAACCUGAUUGUACAUCAGAGAAUUCAUACAGGGAAGAAACCAUAUGUAUGUAGUGAAUGUGGAAAAGACUUUAAUCAAAGUUCAAAUCUUAUUAUACAUCAGAGAAUUCAUACAGGAAAGAAACCUUAUAUAUGUCAUGAAUGUGGAAAAGACUUCAAUCAGAGCUCUAACCUAGCCCGACAUAAGAGAAUACAUAACAACGAGAAUCCCUAUGAAUGUAAAGACUGUGGAAAGGCCUUCAAGGGAAGCUCGAACCUUGUCCUGCACCAGAGAAUUCACAGUGGAGGGAAGCCAUAUGUAUGUAAUGAGUGCAGGAAGGCCUUCAAUCAAAGUUCAGACCUUAUUAUCCAUCACAGAAUUCACACUGGAGAGAAACCCUAUGAAUGUUAUGAAUGUGGACAAACCUUCAGUCAGAGUUCACACCUUGUCACACAUCAGAGAAUUCAUACUGGAGAGAAACCCUUCAAAUGCAACACCUGUGAAAAGGCCUUCAGGCAGCGUUCACGCCUCACAGAACACCAGAGACUCCACAGUGGGGAGAGACCCCAUGAAUGUCACAAAUGUGGGAAAUCCUUCAGUGGGCACACAGCCUUUCUUAAACAUCAGAGACUACAUACUGUAAAGGAACUUGAAUGUGAAAAAGCCUGCACUUCUGACUUAGCUCUUAUCCAACAACAAAGAAUUCACAGGGAGGAAAAACCUUAUGAAUGUACUGAGUGUGGAAAAACUUUCCGGGGAAGUUCAGAUCUAAUUCGGCAUUGGAUAACUCACACUGGAGAGAAACCCUAUGAAUGUAAUGAAUGUGGAAAGCCUUUAGCCAGAGGUCACACCUUGUUACACAUCAGAAAAUUCACACUGGAGAGAAACCCUAUCAGUGCAAUGAAUGUGGGAAAGCCUUCCGGCAGCGUUCACUCCUUGUCCAGCAUCACAGAAUCCACAGUGGUGAGAAACCCUAUGAAUGUAAGGAAUGCGGAAAAGCCUUCAUCUGGCGCACGGCUUUUCUCAAACAUCAGAGACUUCAUACUGGAGAGAAACUUGUGGAAGGUGAGAAAACAUUUAGCAAGGAAGAGUUGCUUAGAGAAGAGCGGAGAAUUCGCCAAGAAGUGAAAGCUUGUCAGUGCAAUCAGUGUGGUAGAACUUUCCGAGGCAGCUCAGACCUCAUCCGACAUCAGGUAACUCAUUCAGGAGAGAAACCCUAUGAAUGUAAAGAAUGUGGGAAAACUUUCAAUCAGAGCUCAGACCU